AUGAGCGAUUUCAACAGUUUCGGCGGCUCCGAGGAGGAGUACGCGUCGGUUCGCAAAUACCAAGCGGAAACGGAGGCCAAUCCCGACAACUUCGAGAGCUGGGAGAACCUGAUCAAAGCAUGCGAAGCUCUCGACGGUGGUCUCAACAGGAACUCGAGCCCUCAGGCGCUCUCCACCGUCCGCGACGCCUACGACCGACUCCUGCUCAAGUUCCCGCUCUUUUUUGGGUACUGGAAGAAAUAUGCCGAUCUCGAAUUCAAUAUCGCGGGCCCAGAGUCGGCUGAAAUGGUUUAUGAGCGAGGAUGCGCCAGCAUAACCAAUUCGGUCGACCUCUGGACUGACUACUGCUCCUUCAAGAUGGAGACGACGCAUGACCCCACGCUGGUCAGAGAGCUCUUCGAACGCGGAGCCACCUUUGUUGGGCUGGAUUUCCUUGCUCACCCCUUUUGGGAUAAGUACAUCGAGUACGAAGAGCGACAGGAGGCCCAGGACCGCAUCUUUGCCAUCCAUGCGCGCAUCAUCCGCAUCCCCCUGCACCAGUAUGCUCGUUACUAUGAAAGGUUCCGAAACCUGUCCCACACCCAGCCCCUGGCAGAGCUUGUGCCGGAAGAUACCCUCGCCAAGUUCCAGGCCGAGGUUGCGGCGGAGGCGGCAGCCUACGGCGGCGGUCCGCGACCCGAGCUGGAGAUUGAACGGGAUGUCCGGGCCAAGAUUGACGCCAUGUACUACGAAGUGUUCACCCAGACCCAAGCUGAGGUGGCGAAGCGCUGGACGUACGAAGCCGAGAACAAGCGACCGUACUUCCACGUGACGGAGCUUGAGGCCAGCCAGCUCGCCAACUGGCGAAAGUAUCUGGAUUUUGAAGAGGCUGAGGGUGACUUUAGCCGAAUCGUGUCUCUGUACGAGCGGUGCCUUGUUACCUGCGCCUUCUAUGACGAGUUCUGGUUCCGGUAUGCCCGAUGGAUGGCAGAGCAACCUGGAAAGGAGGAGGAAGUCCGCAACAUUUACAUCCGGGCCUCCACGCUUUAUGUCCCCAUCAGCCGCCCGGGCAUUCGCAUGCAGUGGGCCUACUUCGAGGAGAGCUGCGGGCGCGUCGAUGUGGCUCUGGAUAUCCACGCUGCAAUCCUUACCAAGCUUCCCGACUGCGUGGAGGUCAUUGUCUCUUGGGCCAACCUGCAGCGCCGCCAGAACGGCGUCGAGGCUGCCAUCCAGGUUCUCAAGGAUCAUAUCGAAGCGCCCACCGUCGAUCUGUUCACAAAGGCCGCGCUUGUGGCCGAGUGGGCCAUGCUGCUAUGGAAGGGCAAGAACUCUACCGAGGAAGCUCGCGCAGUCUUCCUUAAGAAUGUCCAAUGGUAUGCUGACAGCAGGAUAUUCUGGGACAAGUGGUUCCAGUUUGAACUGGAGCAAGACGGCAAGGACAAGGAAGGGGAGCCAAGCCAGGCCGAGCUCGUCAAGAACGUCUUUGAGGAGUUCCGUAGCCGAAGCCGGCUGCCCGCCCCUGUCAAGCGGGAGCUGGCUCAACUGUACAUGAACUUCCUCGUCCAGCGCGGCGGCAAGGACGCCAUGAAGGAGUUCCUGACCGUGGACAGACAGAUGUUUGGGCCCGUGUCCGUUACGGCCGCGUCUAAGAGUGGAAGCGGCGCGAAGGAGAACGGAGCGUCCCCCGUUGGCGAGCUCGAUGAGGCCAGCAAGCGCAAAGCCCAAACCAGAUACCUGAAUUUCUACGAGGCUCACCAGGAGCCCGCUGCGGACGCUCAAGGCGCAGCCGACUUCAACUAG